UUGAUGAGUAAAGAGUCUCCGGUCUCUGUUGGAAAUGAUGCUUACGUUGACCUUGAUCGGCAGCUGAAGAAAACUACAGAAGAAUUAAAUGAAGCACUAGCAACAAAAGAAGAAAUUGCCCAGAGAUGUCAUGAGUUAGAUAUGCAGGUUGCAGCCCUCCAGGAGGAGAAGAGCAGCUUGCUUGCUGAGAACCAGAUUUUGAUGGAACGUUUAAAUCAGUCUGAUUCUAUUGAAGAUCCCAACAGCCCUGCAGGUCGUAGGCACUUGCAGCUGCAGACACAACUAGAACAACUCCAAGAGGAAACAUUCAGAUUAGAAGCUGCCAAAGAUGACUAUCGAAUACGCUGUGAAGAACUAGAAAAGGAAAUCGCUGAAUUGAGGCAACAAACGGAAGAGCUUACUACAUUGGCAGAGGAGGCUCAGUCUUUGAAGGAUGAGAUAGAUGUACUCAGGCAUUCUUCUGAUAAAGUAGCCAAGUUAGAAAGCCAGGUAGAGUCAUACAAAAAGAAAUUGGAAGACCUGGGUGAUUUGCGACGGCAAGUGAAACUCUUAGAAGAGAAGAAUACAGUGUACAUGCAAAAUACCGUGAGCCUGGAGGAAGAACUAAGGAAGGCCAACGCAGCACGCAGUCAGCUGGAAACAUACAAGAGACAGGCAGUUGAACUACAAAACAGGUUAUCUGAAGAAUCCAAGAAAGCUGAUAAAUUAGAUUAUGAAUGCAAACGACUGAAAGAAAAAGUAGACAGCCUCCAAAAAGAAAAAGAUAGAUUAAGAACAGAAAGGGAUUCUUUGAAAGAAACUAUUGAAGAGCUUAGAUGUGUACAAGCUCAGGAGGGUCAACUCACCACUACAGGAUUGAUGCCUCUGGGAAGACAAGAGCCUUCGGACAGUUUAGCAGCUGAAAUUGUUACUCCCGAAAUAAAGGAGAAACUCAUUCGCCUUCAGCAUGAGAACAAGAUGUUAAAGUUGAACCAAGAAGGUUCUGACAAUGAAAAGAUCGCCUUGUUGCAGAGCCUUCUUGAUGAUGCAAACUUACGGAAGAAUGAGUUGGAGACAGAAAACAGAUUGGUAAAUCAGAGACUUCUAGAAGUGCAGUCCCAGGUUGAAGAACUACAAAAGUCUUUGCAGGAUCAAGGUUCAAAAGCUGAAGAUUCAAUUCUUCUGAAAAAGAAACUUGAAGAACAUCUUGAGAAGCUCCAUGAAGCUAACAAUGAGCUACAGAAGAAACGAGCUAUUAUUGAGGAUUUGGAACCAAGAUGCAAUAACAGUUCACUCAAAAUUGAAGAAUUACAAGAAGCUUUACGGAAAAAGGAGGAGGAAAUGAAGCAAAUGGAAGAGCGAUACAAAAAGUAUUUAGAAAAGGCCAAAAGUGUCAUCCGCACCUUAGAUCCUAAGCAGAACCAGGGUGCAGCCCCUGAGAUUCAGGCUCUGAAAAAUCAGUUGCAGGAGCGGGACAGAAUGUUUCAUUCAUUGGAGAAAGAAUAUGAAAAAACAAAAAGUCAAAGAGAAAUGGAGGAGAAAUUUAUUGUUAGUGCCUGGUACAAUAUGGGGAUGACUCUGCAUAAAAAAGCAGCAGAAGAUAGACUGGCUAGUACAGGCUCAGGACAGUCCUUCCUGGCUAGACAAAGGCAAGCCACGAGCACAAGGAGAUCUUACCCUGGUCAUGUCCAGCCAGCAACAGCAAGGUAGAGAAGCCUUGCCCUUAGAAAGAAAACUGCCCUGUGACCCAGGCCACUUCUGUUGCAAGUGACAACAUUCAAGGAAAAUCAACCAGCAUCCUUUCUCUUUCUCCCUUGUUACUGCUAUUAUUUUACAGUUCAGGAAAGGUUUUUGUUCUGGUUUCUCAUUGUUCU